AUGGAACCGGAGCCAACCACUGCCGCUCUCCUCGAGGCUAUCACAGCCCUCACUGCCACCGUCGGGUCCUUGCAGGCCCAAAUCACAUCCCAAGGCCAACAGCUCAUUGAGCUUAAAGCCAUAUGCAAGGAAACCGCUGACCUCCUUGGGGAUAAAGAUCAAGGAGCACCACAAGCCCAGCCUGGCCCAUCGACUGGGCCUGUCACCCCUCCUACCCACUCAGGAGGGGAAACCUACACUCCAGGCACAAUUAGGCCUGGACUCAAGGCCCCAUUCCGGCCUUCUAGAGGCACAGGCUUUGAUUCAGAGGACCAGGAAGAACAAAGGCGCCCCAAAAAGGAGCCUCAAGGAACGCCUAGGAGGCAUCUAGGGUCCCUAACCCCCUUUGACGCAGGGUCUAGCGUAAAACGGCCUAAAAUGGACCUUCCUGAACCAUACAAGGGAGACACCAGGGGCCGCAAAGCCACCCAGUGGCUGGAUAGAAUGAUGCUCUGGGUAGCCCUCCACCGGGACCAAUUCAACGAGGAAGAGCAGAUGGUUGUGUGGAUCCUCUACCACAUGACCGAUAAGGCCGCAGACUGGGCACUCCCCAUCAUUGGGGCAAUCAUCAAGGGAAAAGGGAACCCUCCUACCACCAUCCAGGCCCUAACGGGCAAGUUCAAGGAGGCGUUUGCUGACCCAGAUGCCAAGAGGGCCGCUGCCAGGAAAAUUGCGGCACUCUCCCAAACCACCACAACCUCCGAGUACGUCACGGAGUUCCGCAAUCUCAUGGCGGAAUUAGACUGGAACAAGGAAGCCUAUAUUGCGCAGUUCACGCGAGGCCUCCACUGGAAGGUGAAGGAGUUGCUAUCAACCAAGGAUAGCGUUCCUGACGAACUUGAAGCAAUUUUUGCGGCUUCCAUAAAAAUUGACAACAUUUGCCGCAAAAACGAGGAGAACCGCCCAAAGAAGGCGCCCGCCAAGUCCCCGGUCACCACGACCACCUCCACCACUACCACCAGGGUCCGCCUAUCAGAGGACCCCAACUAUGUCACCCCGGAAGAACGAGAUUGCUGCCGUGCAUCUGGCCUUUGUGUCAAGUGCGGCCAAAAAGGGCAUGGGAUCAAGCAAUGUCCCAAUGGUUGGAAAGCCACGAUCAAGGAGGUGGCCAAGCCCCUGGCCCCUAAAUUAGAUGUGCAUGUAUCAGAUUGCAAAUUUGUAUCUUUGGCUCUAGACUCGAAUAAGAAGCCUCUUUUAUUUAUUAAUCUUGAACUGCACAACUUCCCGACGGAACCCCUGAAAACUCUCAUUGACUCAGGAGCCACAUCAAACUUCAUCUCCCCCUCGAUUGUGGAAAAAUAUAAAAUACCAAAAACCCAGCUCAAAAAUCCACGAGUUGUGAGAAUGUUAGAUGGUACAAUUUCCCAGACUGGUUGCAUAUGGCACCAGGUUCAACUCGCGGUUUCAGCCAAUGGCCACUCACACACCAUUCCUUUCCUAGUUUGCCCCAUUGGCAAUACCCCGGCAAUCCUUGGCAUGACUUGGUUAACGGCAGAAGCUCCCCUUAUUGACUGGCAGCAGGGACUAAUCACCUUCCCCAAACAAGCACGGAUUGCCUCCAAGGAAGAAGCAGACCCAGAUCCUUUAGCAGACCUCCCCCCUCAGUACCAUGAGUUUGCUAAAGUUUUUGGCGAAGAGGAGUUUAAGGUCCUCCCUCCACAUAGGGAGUACAACAUCUCAAUUGACCUCAUCCCGGAUGCCAAACUUUCCCCUGGUCCUAUAUAUGGCAUGACUGAUGCGGAGUCCAAGGCGCUCAAACAACACAUUGACAAAGAGUUAGCCACAGGGAAGAUCCGCCCUAGUACUUCCUCUGCAGGCGCCCCGGUUAUGUUUGUCAAAAAAGCAGAUGGCUCUCUCAGACUGGUAGUCGACUAUAGGAAGUUGAAUGACGUCACGCAUAAAAACGUCUACCCGCUCCCCAGACAAGAUGACCUUAUGGCCAAAUUAAGGCAUGCCAAGAUGUUUACCAAACUAGAUCUUUGUUGGGGUUAUAAUAACGUCAGGAUUAAGGAAGGAGAUGAGUGGAAGACGGCCUUCAGGACCAAGUAUGGGCUAUUCAAAUACCUGGUCAUGCCCUUUGGUCUCACCAACGCCCCGGCCGCCUUCCAGCAUUUCAUGAAUGACUUGUUCAGAGACCUCAUUGACGUCACAGUGGUGAUUUACUUGGAUGACAUCCUCAUCUUUUCAGAAGACCCCAAGAAGCAUCCAGAACACGUUAGGGAAGUCCUAUCAAGACUAAUGAAGAACCAGUUGUUCUGCAAACUCUCUAAGUGUCACUUCCACGUCACCACAGUCGAUUACCUUGGCAUUGUCAUAUCCCCUGCAGGCUUCUCCAUGGACCAGAAGAAGAUUGAGGCCGUCACUUCAUGGCCCCAACCUAAAACAGUCAAGCAGGUCCAGGCCUUCCUAGGGUUUGUGAACUACCUUUGCCGAUUCAUCCCCAACUUUAGUUCCGUGGCUCGCCCCCUCCACAAUCUCACAAAAAAGGAAAUCCCAUGGUCUUGGGAGACCCAAGAGGAAGAAGCCUUUCAGGAAUUGAAGUCCCUAGUCACCCGCUCCCCGGUCCUAAUCCACUCAAACCCAGAUCUCCCCUAUUACUUAGAAACGGAUGCAUCAGGCGUAGCCAUGGGAGCCAUUCUGAGCCAACAAGGGGAAGAUAACCGCCUUCAUCCUAUCGCCUACAUGUCCAAGUCAUUCUCAGGGGCAGAAGCCAAUUAUGACACCCACAAUAAGGAACUCCUGGCAAUAAUUAAGGCACUGGAAGAAUGGCGAAUAUUCCUGGAAGCCACAGACAAGCCAAUCCAGGUCUUCACAGACCACAGGAACCUGGAAUACUGGAUGCAGGCCAGGACCUUCAAUCAAAGGCACGCCAGGUGUGUCAUGCCCUAG